CCAAAACAAAAAAAAUACCUUUGGGCUUUUCGAAAUGGGUUUCGCAUUACUAAGAAACUUUUAUUAACUCUAUUUUCGCAGUAAUUUCAACCUUUGAGCCUUCUUCCCUGAGUAACUCGUUACGUCUCUGCAAACUGCGAAAUGGAACCCCCGAAGGACCAACACACGCCGGAAAAAUCUCCCUCCGAUCCUCCGUCGUCCGCGUAUCCUCCCUCUGGUUGCUGCACUAACUGCGGCGGACCAACGAUUUCCGAACCACCACCUCUAGCUUCACUACCGGAGAUGUCACCGCCACCGAACUAUCGCCCGAUCCGAGCUCCAGCUAUCAACCUUCCACACAACUCUCAGGCGAUCAUCCUCUCUCCCGUUCCUCACGCCGAACAAGUCCCCGUCGUCACUCCGCCGUAUCAAUUUCAGUGUCCCGUCAAGAGAAUCCACUCCUCUGAUGAUAUCCGCCGUUUCCAGGAAUCAGCAUCUUGUAAGAACUUCUUAGGAUUCGUUGUUUCUCUCUCGGAAUCGAUCCGUGGACAAAAAAUCUCAGAUCCUUGCCAUGUCUCACCUACCGUCGCCGCCAUAGUUUCAAUCCUUGAGACCUUGUUGCAAUGGAUCGACGAGAUUCCUCCUGUCCAAAUGUCGUCUCGAUACGGUAACAUCUCGUUCAGGACAUGGCACGAACGGCUCGCUGAGAAAGCCGAAUCGCUUAUCCUUGAGUUUCUCCCUGAUGAGUUCAAAGGAUCUACAAUCGAGAUCGUUCCUUACUUCUUCGACAGCUUCGGAAACGGAAGCAGAAUCGAUUACGGAACCGGACACGAGACGAAUUUCGCGGCGUGGCUGUAUUGCUUAGCGAGGAUGGGGAUCGUCAAGGAAGAAGAUUAUCAUGGUGUGGUGGCUAGGGUUUUUGUCAAGUACCUUGAAUUGAUGAGAAAACUGCAGAUGGUUUAUUGCUUAGAACCUGCUGGAUCUCAUGGAGUUUGGGGUCUUGAUGAUUACCAUUUCUUGCCUUUCAUAUUCGGGAGCUCUCAGUUGAUUGAUCACAAGUAUAUGAAACCGAAAUCGAUUCACAGCGAUGACAUUCUGGAGAAUUUCUCUAGCGAGUACAUGUACUUGUCUUGUAUUGCGUUUGUGAAGAAGGUGAAGAAAGGUUUGUUCGCUGAGCAUUCACCGUUGCUUGAUGAUAUAAGCGGUGUACCGAACUGGAAGAAGGUGAAUAGCGGUUUGCUUAAGAUGUAUAAAGUCGAAGUGCUCGAGAAAGUCCCGAUUAUGCAGCAUUUCCUCUUUGGCUGGCUUAUCAAAUGGGACGAGUGAUUUACUUUAGCAGAAUCCAUCAAAGCAGGGGCAAUGGUUUCUCUUCCUUGAGGUGGCUUAACUUGUAGUAGAGAGACAUUUCUUUGCUUUUGCAUGUACCUGAUUCGCAGGGUUUUCUUUUUAGGUUCCUUGAGCUCGAUGAGAUAGUUUCAUGGCGCUACUACUAUUAUGUUAUCUUCGUAUUAUAUCCUCUGCUUUUGAAACUUCUUUUUCUUUUUGGAUGAUUCUCUGCUGCUUUUUACUUUGGAAGUAUCAGUGGUAAAGUUCAUGUAGUUGCCUCAAUAAUUUCUGGAGUGGACAUAGAUCCGCACUCGCAAGAUUUUCCAAAACAAGAGACUA